AUGUACCGACGAUCUCUUCCAUCAUCGCCAUCGUUGAUCAGGACAAAGGGUCCCACAAGUGAACAGAACUCCAACGAUCCUACCGGUUUUCCUAUUGUGGAUAGCCAGACAGAAGUGGGCGUGAAUAGGGAAUUUUUGCGCCAACUGCGCGCCAUUGCCACUAUCCUUUUUCCGCGGUUACGGACCAAGGAAAUAUUUAUUCUCUUCUUGCACACAGUGUUCCUCAUUCUGCGAACGUAUUUGAGUGUAGUGGUAGCCCGACUGGAUGGUCAUAUCGUGAAGAAUCUGAUUAAAGGUCAUCGACAACGAUUUCUGAAAGGAUUGGUCUACUGGUUCGUUAUUGCCAUUCCCGCCACUUAUACGAAUAGUUUGAUUCGCUAUCUCCAAUCGAAACUGUCGAUCGGUUUCCGCACACGCCUCACAAAGUAUAUCCAUGACCUAUACUUGGACGAACACAGGACCUUUUACAAUAUUAUUCACCUCGAUAGUCGUAUCCAGGGAGCCGAUCAAUACAUUACGACAGAUGUCGCUAAAUUUUGUGACACGUUGGCAUCGCUUUACUCGAAUCUGGCCAAACCUCUUUUGGAUACCAUCAUUUUCAAUUACCAGCUGAUGAAGUCCAUUGGCGUUUACGGUAUGCUGGGUCUUACCGUCAACUAUUUCGUGACGGCUCGUCUGUUACGGGCCGUCACUCCAUCGUUUGGUAAAUUGGCUGCCAUGGAAGCGAAGCUAGAGGGCGAUUUCCGAGCGGCCCAUACGCGGUUGAUCACCAACGCGGAGGAGGUGGCGUUUUACAAUGGGGCGCCAUUGGAACUGUCCAUUCUGAACAAGACAUAUAUGCAGCUUAUCAAGCACAUCAAUUACAUCUAUAAACUACGGAUCAGUUACCACAUGUUUGAAGACUUUCUUAUCAAGUACGCUUGGAGUGCCUUUGGUUUGAUCAUGUGCGCUAUCCCUGUCUUCAAACCAGGCAUGGUCCACGCCCUCAACGUCCAAACGGAAACAGAUGAAAAUGCACGAGUGGGCGCUCGAACCCGCGGUUUCAUUACCAAUAAAAGACUCAUGAUGUCACUGGCCGAUGCGGGCGGACGCAUGAUGUAUUCUUACAAGGAAAUGGCCGAAUUGGCCGGAUACACGUCGCGUGUGUACAAUUUGUUAUCGGUUUUGCAUGCCCUACGACGCAAACAGUACGAUGGACCCAAGGAAGCGCAACGAUUUACAUUGACAAAUAUUCAAGGUCAUUUGAAAGAAGGCCACGACGGUAUUACGUUUGAUAAAGUGCCCAUUGUGGCCCCGAGCCCGGGUGUAGAUCGUACCGGCGAAGUGCUGGUCAACCAGCUAUCGUUCGACAUCCAUCCAGGGCAGCAUGUUCUGAUCACGGGACCCAACGGCGUGGGGAAGACGGCCGUCGCGCGUGUCCUUGCGUCAUUGUGGCCCACAUUUGAGGGGGACCUGUCAAGACCGCAUGAGAAUGACAUCGUUUAUAUUCCGCAACGUCCAUAUCUCAGCAUUGGCACCCUGAGGGAUCAAGUGAUUUAUCCUUUCUCGGAAGAGCAAAUGAGAGCGAAAAAUAUCACCGAGGACCAUCUGAUGGCCAUUCUAGACAUCGUGCACUUGGCCUACUUACCAGGACGUGAAGGUGGAUGGGACACUGUCAAAGAAUGGAAAGAUGUGUUUUCCGGCGGUGAAAAGCAACGGAUCAACAUGGCUCGAUUAUUUUUCCAUCGUCCCAAAUACGCCGUUCUGGAUGAAUGCACCAGCGCCGUGUCGAGCGAUGUCGAAGGGUUAAUGUAUUCACAAGCAAAAGACAUGGGCAUCACACUUUUGACUAUUUCUCAUCGUCCCGCUCUUUUCAAAUACCAUCAAUAUUUGUUGCGUCUGACCGGUAAUGACGGACAGUGGGAAUGGGAAACCAUCGGGACCCGUGAACUAUUGCAAUCGGUCGAAAAGGAGAGACAAACUCUAGAAACCAAGCUAAAAAGGGUUCAAUCGCUUGAAUCUCGCCUGGCGGAAAUCAAUAGUGAAUUGAAUUUGAAGACCAUCUAG